AUGACGCGGUUGGUUGCUGCGCCACUGGACCUCCUCAAGAUCCGCUUUCAGGUGCAACCUGCGCCUAUUACCAGCGGCCUUAUCGAAGCCAAAUACGUUGGUUUGCUCCAGGCUGUGCGCAGUAUCUACGCUGAAGAAGGACUACGCAGCUUCUGGCGAGGAAACCUUGCGGCCUCGGGGCUCUGGGUGGGCUACUCGGCGCUGCAGUUUGCCAGCUACCGCGAGUUGACCCGUUGCUGGGAACGGAGUGGAAACAACACCGAUCUUAACGUCCCAGCGUCCGUAAUCGCUGCUGUCAAUGGUGCAGCUGCAGGUGUCACUGCGACAGUCGUGACAUACCCGCUGGACCUCUUCCGAACGGCAUUUGCAAGCCAGGGAAUGCCCAAACGGUUCCCGACAAUGCGCAGCUUGGUGCUUCACACGUGGACAACACAGGGAAUCCGUGGCUUUUAUAGUGGACUAGGCGCUACCGUCUUCCAGAUCGCACCAUACAUGGGACUGAGCUUUAGUAUCUAUUCGGCGUUGAGUGAUUUGUCGGAGAAGCAUCGCAACAAGCAAGAGGAUAGAGAAGCCAACGCGUGGAUGCCAGUGACGACAGCGUUGUCGUAUGUUGGAAGUGGUGCUGUGGCUGGAUUAGUGUCCAAGCUGGCGGUGUAUCCAUUGGAUACAGUCAAGAAGCGCAUGCAGAUGCGUCACGUGCCGCGUUGCGCAACGUACGGAGUCAUCCCAAUGUACUCGUCGAGUUGGUCGUGCUUCUUCGACGUACUGAGACGUGAAGGUGUUUGUGGGCUGUAUAAAGGCACUGUGCCUAGUCUACUCAAGUCCGUUGUCGCAGCCAGCACAACGUUCGCGACGUAUGAAUUCACACUUGAGGUUCUGAGGCAUGUAUCCUUUCGCGAAGAUCGUGACGAAUGGAAUGACUUGAAGAAUUUUGAUAAAGACUGA